UCUCUCGUGUCACUAACGUUUUAUAAUGGCACGAAACCAGGAGAAGCAACAAGGGAAGCUGAACAGACUGUGGCUCCAGAAAGAGAGAGAAGAGGGACGCCUCAAGGAUGUGCAUGAGCGGAGACCCAAGCUGUCAACUCUUAAUUCCGCCGCCUCUCUGAAAAAGUGGAUCCCCAGCAUCAAGAAUGAAAUAGAGUAUUAUUUACAGCAGUCGCAGCUGUCUCAUUACCCGGAGAGGAAGAUCGCCGAGUUCCAGCUGCACAUGGAGGCGUUGGAAAGAGAGUACAAGAGGUUCAUCGCCAAGCUGCGGGCCGUGGACCCCGGCUGCAAACACAAGCCCUGGACCCCGCGGGCGUACUGCAGGAGGCGAGCGGACACACGGGAGUCCCCGGCUAACGCGGCGCCCCCGCGGCCCCCCGAGUCACGUGACGGCGACUCGGCCGGCGGCGGGACGGGAUGUCACGACCCCUCGGUCCCCGAGAGCCAGCCGCCUCCCGGGGUUCAAACCCCCGCCCCCGCCGACCAAGACCGGCCCCUCUCCUUUGACCGCGCGAGGCUGGCGGUGGCCGCCGCCGCGUUCAGGGGGCCGCCGCCGCCGCCGCAGGGAGGCUCCUCCUCCUCUCAGACGCUCGCCCAGGUGCUGCACUCGGGUCUGCCGAACCUGAGUAACGCCUCGGCGAGGCGGGGGGGCGCCGCUGAGGACCGCGAGGACCACGAGUCCCACGCCGGGAUGACGGGUCACGUCCUGGGGCUGGACUGCUACUCUUCCUCCGAUGAGGAGCAUUGAUGCCGCGUUCGA